AUGGGCCGGGUUUUGGCUGAUUGCAGUGGAGGCUCGCAACAUGACAGGCCAAUUUUUGGCCCGGUUCCGGUAUCGAGUCAAAUUUUCCAGUCCGGGCACGGCAUCAUGGCCAAGGAACAAGAUGAUCAUGUCGAAGAUGAGUCCUUCCCACACAAAAAACGUGACUUGGGCAAUGGCAACAUCAUGGCCAAGGAACAAGAUGAUCAUGUCGCAGAUGAGUCCUUCCCACACAAAAAACGUGACUUGGGCAAUGGCAAGUUGCUGUGCCAGGCGGCUAGCAAGAAUUGGCAGCAGUUGGGUACAUAUGCAGACAACAUCAGCUCAUGA